UCAGGUCACGUUCUGGUGACCUUUUGCUCCAACCAAUCAGCGUAUCGCCUAUGAAAUGUUCGUAGUGACAGUCGGCUGCGUAUAAACAAAGAUGGCGGCGUCCAUGACACCGCGAAAGGUAUACAGCUCCACAAACAUAUGCUGCCUAUGUGGAUUUUCUUUUAUAGUAAAAGAAAUUGACGAGAACGGCAAAUCCACUGUUAAGAAGUUUUCGAAAUUAAAACUCCGUUUAAGCGAAGAGAAGCGUGCUGCAAUCAGUCAAGUGACAACAAUACCCGACAAUACUGACGGUGUGUGCACGAAAUGCUUCUCAAAAGUUGAGAAAGUAAUUAAGUACCGGAAGGAGAUUUCAGCUAUAAUAUCUCAGUUCGAAGAGAAUAUGAAACGGAAUAUGUCUAAGACACCUGGGUCUAGGAAGAAAAGGCUACUCAGAUCUCCGCAGGCAACUGUACCAGAAGCCAAGUCAGUUCAUAUUUGUGAAGGGAUUGUACCGACCCAUGAGAUUCACAAUCUAUCUACAUGUCAACACAUACCCUUGUUGCCAAAGCCUGAAGAGUCGCCAUACAUCUCUCUGAGGGAACUUCCGGGCAUUGUACAGAUUCAAGACCCACAUUGCACAGGGAUGUUAGCUGACAAAAGCUUGAAUGCUGUUGACAGUGCAUUACCCUAGUGGAGAAAAAUCAGCAUUUGUCAGAGAUGAUGUCAUGAAACAAAUCUGUAGAGCAGUUUAUAGAAAUCAAAAUGUUAUUAACUGUAUUCUUGAAAUCAUAUGCAAAUCAGAUCCAACAUCUAUAGCAACAGUAGCAUCAAAACUAAUCAACAGAGAGUGUGAAGGACUGUGCAAAAGAGGAACUGGUAGUAUUCUCCAAGAUACAAGUUAUAAAGGUUUAUUCGACUUCACGUGGGACGACUUUCGCAAGGAAAUUCAAAUUCAGGCUCCUAACACUUUGAAGAUUAUCUCGGCAACGGUUUGCAACCCUACAAUUACACCCACGCCAAAGAAACAGCUCUGCAUACUUCAUACUUUUGCGUCAGGAGUACAUGGCAGAUUCCAAGAAAUGUCUAAUCUACAUUACCAGAUAGGACUGAUUUUGGCACAUGGAGGAUGUACAGUCAGGGAUAUUGAGAGACUGUCCAGGAUAGGUAUCUGUACAUCACCACGCUCCAUCCAGAACAAACUUUCGUCGUGGGAAGAACACCUUGAUAGCGAGAUACUGAGUUUGAAAGAGAAAUGGGCAAAUGGAGAUAAACAGAAGUAUCAGUUAAUUGGAGAUAACUGGGAUAAGAACAUUGUGCCAUCAUAUAGAACCAGUCAGUGUAAGACCUUAUCUCUGCAUUUGUUUCAUAUCAUAGCAGUUGUUGAUAGGAUUAUCCCUACACCUAGACAUGAAGCAGGAAAAAUACUUUCUAUCAGUGAUUACAUACCAUCCCUGGAAGAACAAGAAAUCUUAUUCCAGGAAUUAACUUUUCUGGUUGCAACAUCAGUUGUCCAGAAUUUAGAACAGAUCAACAAAGCCAUGGCUGACCUAUUUCCCAUGCAUUUGCAGCAUGAUCACAGCGAUAAAGUUGGCAUGAAAACUCAACAGUUUCCUUUGGGUCUUUUUGACUGCAAUGAGACAAAGAAUCAAGAGGUGAUCAAGCUGUUGAAGUUUUUGACAGAGAAAUAUGUACCCCUUGAUGGUGAUGAAGUAAUUGAUGAAGUCUUCUUUGGAGGAGACAGGUUAACAGAUGAGCGUGUUCAAGGAGCGCAACGAGCAAUGGAAAAUGCAGAAACUUCCAAGGGAAAACUACAAGGUUUUAUAUCAAAGAUUGAGGAUUGGCAUCGCAUGAUGAAUUUUCUUGAGGAAAUGAAUGUAGAGGAUGAAGAUCAAUUGUUACCAAGUGAUUUUCAAGAGAAGACUGAUGAAGACAAAAUCAGUUGGCUGAAUGAAAUCUGCUGCAGGAUUGUGAAGAAGUACAUGUUUGAAAACAAAGAAGACAUGUUCGAACAACUUAGGAGUGUGCUUGAUGAUCCAGACCACAUUGAGAACUACUUUGUAGCAAGUGAUAACGAUGAUCGCUUUCACUGUCACUUCUGCCCAAAAUCCUUUGUACAACUGAACAGCGUAAAAUUGCAUGAGAAACUUCUUCAUCAACAUACUGUGACAAGUAAGACAUCUAGGAAAAGUAAUCCAGAAAAUGAGGAUCAGCUCUACAGCCACAUUAUGCUGAUCUUCAAAUUUGUGUGCUUACUGAAAAACCUGGAUACUUCAAUAGAUAUGGGAGAUGGGGCAAGAUCAGUUCGCUCUGCAAAGUAUGAAUUGCAAAUCUUCAAUAAAACUAACAAAACAAAAUACGCCAUAGGAUGUGUUCAUCUAACAACUCUAACAGAAGAAACGUUAUCGAGUGAACAAAGCCAGAGGUUAAUUUACAACAGAAGCAUUAAUAUUCAGGGAGGCAAGAACAACAAUCUGGCUCUAGACGAGUACCUAGAAAUGCUGAACAGAGACAGCAAAGAACUUGUGAAGGGUCAUCAAACCAAAACAAGCAUUAUAUCUCAUUCUAAAGAAUUUCCACAUCUCAUUAAUUUUGCAAACCAGUUUGACAUUAUUUCUCAAAUUAAAAGACGAAAAGGCGUUCAUCGUCUCCCAGAAUACAAGGCCGACGUACGCAAAGUAAUGAAGGAAUUCAAGGAUAUUGAAGCUUUGGAACUAAAGACGAGUCGAAAAUUGAACUGCAGGGGUUUGGCGAGCAAUAGGGACCCUAUUCAUGAAACCUAUCACAAUCUUCCUACCUUGAUCAGGAGACAUAAGCCAUCGAUUCCAUUCAGUAGACUUAGAAAUCCGAAUUACUAAUCCCACAAUUUUUGAGAACAUACCAUUUUGUCUUUCAUAUUUUACAUUUCCUUUAAAUAUAUAUUAAAUAA